GUCAGGUCAGAUGUCAAAAUGCAAUUGGCGAAAGGACAGGAUUUUGCUGAAGGCUGUUCCAUUUUGAUCAAAACAUUUGAAAUCCUGUCCUAGAAAGUGAAAAUAGUUGAAACCUGCACAGCUGUUAAAAAUGGCUGAUGCUAGGCACUCAAGGGAGGUUUUGAUCGUUUUAGGUCUUUGUUUCUCAUGGUACAUAGUUAGUUCCUCCAAUAAUGUUAUUGGAAAAAUGUUGUUGAAUGAUUUUCCUUACCCUAUGACAAUGACAAUGGUGCAGUUGUUAUCUAUCACAGUGUUUAGUGAACCGUUCUUCAACAUAUUGGGUGUAAGAAAGUAUUCAGAUAUGUCAUGGAAAUAUUACUUUAGGUUGAUAGUUCCUCUUGCUUUUGGCAAGUUCACAUCGUCAGUAUUUUCUCAUGUCAGCAUAUGGAAAGUUCCUGUUUCUUAUGCACAUACAGUGAAGGCAACAAUGCCUCUUUUUACAGUACUUCUAUCUAGGAUAAUUUUAGGAGAAUCUCAAACUUGCCAGGUGUACUUAAGUUUGGUUCCAAUCAUAACUGGAGUCGCUAUUGCUACUUUGACGGAAGUUAGUUUUGACAUGAUGGGCCUAAUAAGUGCGCUUGUAGCAACCCUAGGUUUUUCAUUGCAAAAUAUAUUUUCAAAGAAAGUGUUACAUGAUACUGGAAUUCAUCAUUUGAGGUUGUUGCACAUUUUAGGUAGACUAGCUCUUUGUAUGUUCCUUCCUAUUUGGAUAUAUUGUGAUUUUUUUACCCUUUUAGGAGAUAAGACAGUGACAUAUCAUGAUUAUAGAAUUCUUGGCUUAUUAUUAGCUGAUGGAACACUUAACUGGUUGCAAAAUAUAAUUGCAUUCAGUGUUCUGUCUAUCGUAACCCCUUUAACUUAUGCAGUUGCCAACGCUAGUAAAAGAAUAUUUGUGAUAGCAGCAUCUCUUUUUGUGAUGGGGAAUCCAGUUAGCUUUACCAAUGUUUUUGGUAUGAUGAUGGCCAUUGUAGGUGUUUUAUAUUAUAAUAAGGCAAAGUAUGAUGCCAGACAAAAAGAAAAGAAAACCACUAUACUACCCUCAUAUAGAUCAAAUGGAAAUGUUGAUUAUAGAAAAUUAUCGAAUAUUUCGUCUAAUGGCUUUGUUUCCAAUGGAAACGUUACAUCAAAAGGUUUGAAUAACAAUACCAAUAUGUAUCAGUACAAUACAAAUUUUCAAAGGAGUAAUAUACUCUUUAGUGUCUAAGGAUUGAUUACUCAUUAACUCCAAAUAGUGUAUAUUAUUGAGAAAGUCUUUCAAAAUAACAAAUUGAACCAGUGUUUUUCGAAAAUAUAAAAUUAAAUCACUGGACUUUCCUUAUAUUCUAAGUAUACUGAAAGAUUUUUUUAUGUGAUGAAGCACAUUAUUCUUAUUGAAAAAAAGUUAAUUUUAAUGUACCUGUCUCUUAUCAGUGAAAUAGUUAAUGAAAAUUUAGUAUCGGAAAUAUUGAAAAGCCGCUUAAAUUUUUGCUAUCAAUUAUUGUUUAACAAUUCAUCUAUUCUAUAUGAUUAUUCUAUCAUUUAUUGAUUGAAAUUUGAAAAAUCUUAGGUAAGGUGUAUAGUAUAUAUUUUUGUUGAUUUUCACUAUGUAUAAGAGAAAUGGUAUCAGUUUCUCAUGAUUAUAUUUUUGUUAUAGAAAGUAAAUUUCAAGAUUAAAAAUAAUUUAAUAUUUUUUCAAUAUUUUAAAGAUUUUCUUAUAUUAAUAAUAUAGGUAUUACCCCUUAUUCGAAUCAUUUAUUUUUACUUAAAUUGAAAAGAGGCUAUGAAUGAUAUAUUUUGAGAGUUUCAUAGCUGUUAGUCGCUUAACCAAAUCGAAAUUCAUUAUUAUAUUUGCAUUAAACGAAAUAGAAAAGCAGCUUUAUAUAAUAAUUUAAAUAAUAUUAUUUUAUUUUGUCCUGGAGAUAUUUAGCUGUAUAUAGUAUUUAUUGUUGUUUGCUAGUCAUAACAAUGUUGCCAAAUUUACAAUUGAGUCAGAUCUGAAAAAGUUGGAUCUUAUUUGUAACUUGCAUUGAAGUUUGAAUUAUUGUUCUUUAUUUUAUUUUUAAUUAACUUAUGUGAUUUUUUCAAUCACCUAUUAUUUGCUCACAUCAAUUAUUAUUGUACACAUUAUUGAGAAUUCUUGUUCAAUCUUAUUUUAUAUUUAGUUCAUCUGUAUAUUGCUUGGUUUUCCAUAAUUUUUAUUGUAUGCAAUAGAGCCCAUCAAAUUUAUCAAGACUCAAAUAUGAGAAUAUGUUUGUGAUUAGCAUAUUUGAUAGUUAUUCAGUAUUUUAAUAUUCUGUAAAUUAUGUAUUUUGACGGUUAGAUAAAUUUUUUCAUAUAUAAGUUGAUUAUUCCGAAUAUAUGUAUAUAUUCUACAAUCAAAGCAAUUCAUGUAAUAAGAAGUGAAUUGUAUUAUUUCUCUUCUUUUUUUUAUAGUGCAAUGUUCACUUUAUAUUGAGACAAAAUUUCACAACUUUCACUCGUAAUACUUUAUUAAGUAAAAGAUGAUUAUGUUUUUAUAAAAGUUAAGUUUAUUUGUUGCUUGAACUGUAACAUAAAAAUCAUUAUGUACAGAAUAAAAUUGUUGAGUAUUUUAUAAACAAUAUGUAUGAAAUUCAUAGAUAAAUAUUUUUAUACAA